ACGCCCUCCCACAUCUCCUCCCCCUCCCCACCACCACCAUGCACCUCUCCUCGGUCCUCCUCCUAGCGGCCAGCAGCCUGGCUGCAGCCCUACCCACCCUCAGCACCGUCCCGAUCCCCCCCAGUCAGGAUCCCUGGUACACUGCCCCGGAAGGCUUCGAACACGCCGAACCAGGCGCCAUUCUCCGCGUCCGCACCGCCCCCGGCAACCUCACCUCCAUCGUCGGCAACGCCUCCGCCGCCUACAACAUCCUCUACCGCACCACCAACAGCCAAUACAAGCCCUCCUGGGCCGUCACCACCCUCCUGCUCCCUCCCGCCGCCGCCGCCGCCGCCAUCAACGAAAGCGCUCUCCUCUCCUACCAAAUCGCCUACGACUCGUUCGACAUCAACGCCAGCCCCAGCUACGCCCUCUACUCCAACCCCCCGGCCGACAUCGCCGUCGCCCUCAACCGCGGCUGGUUCGUCAACGUCCCGGACUACGAAGGCCCCCUGGCCUCCUUCACCGCAGGCGUCCAAUCCGGCCACGCCACCCUCGACUCCCUCCGCUCUGUCCUCUCCUCCGGCUUCGGCCUCAACCCUACAACCGCCCGAUACGCCCUCUGGGGCUACUCGGGCGGCUCCAUCGCCAGCGAAUGGGCCGCCGAACUCCAAAUGCAAUACGCCCCGGAACUGAACAUCAGCGGAAUCGCCAUCGGCGGCGUCAUCCCCAACGUCACCAACGUCAUGGACACCGUCACCUCGACCCUCAGCGCGGGCUUAAUCCCCCCAGCCACCCUGGGUCUCUCCAGCCAACACCCCGAAACAUACGCUUACAUCCUCAGCCAACUGCACCCCACGGGCCCAUACAACCGAACCACCUUCCUAGCCGCUAAAUCCAUGACUCUCACCGAAAGCGAACUCACCUUCGCCUACCAAAACAUCUUCAACUACUUCAUCAACGGCUCGUCCACCUUCCUUAACCCCAUCGUCCAGAAAACUCUCGCCCAGGACGGAUACAUGGGCUACCACGGAUUCCCUCAAAUGCCCGUCUACGCCUACAAAGCCAUCCACGACGAAGUCAGUCCCAUUGGCGAUACGGACCGUCUGGUGAAGAGAUAUUGUGGGGUGGGUGUGAAUAUUCUAUACGAGAGGAACGAAGUCGGUGGACAUUCCGCGGAACAGGUGAAUGGUGAUGAAAGGGCUUGGCGCUGGUUGGGGAGUGUGUUGGGUGGGACGUAUGCGGAGAGUUAUAAGAGUUUGGGAUGUACGGUGAGGAAUGUGGUUGUUAAUGUUACGAGUUCGCCGCUGUGACUUGUGAUUUGGGGUGUUGGUGGGAACGAGAAGGGGGGGAAUAAAAGGGAGGAGGGAUUAGGGAUAAGGGGGGAGGGUGAUGGCUGUGUAUUCACAGUGGAUGUUAAUGUACAGUAUGCAUGGGUGGUGGUGGUGGUGGAUUAUGGUCAAUGUAUAUACAUGUGGUAAUUAUCUACGACUUUCUUUAAUAGCAUGGAUAUGACUGUUUUGUGGUUGACUGUGGGGAUGGUGAGGUGUUGGGUAGAAAAUACUCUAUAGUCUAUCACCAAAUCUUGGGGUAAAUAUUCUGUACAUGCAUGCAUCCGGCACUCAGAAAAUGAGAAC